AUGAAUUUUUCACAAUUAUCCGAAAAAAUCGUUGAUGAAAAAGCUGCAGUUAAAUUCUUCCAAAGUCAUGGAAUAAUUUCUGAAGAAAAGGAAUGCAGUAAGAAACAUCAAAUGAAACUGCAGUUUGGGAAGCAGAUCCGUUGGAGAUGCUACAUUAAAGAAUCUAGAAAUGAACCACAAUACAACUGUGGAUUUCAAGAACUACCUCCGAGAGGUAUGUCUGUUUAUGGAAGGGAAGAACCAGAAUCCUAUUGGAGAGAAGGGAAAAACAGUGUAUAA